GAAGAAAGGCUGCACUUCUGCACAGUUGUUUGUGUGAGUGAUCUGUCCUAGACAUCACAGGGGGAAUCAGCUCAGCUCUGACUUUGUAGUAGUAUGGAUCACACAGAGGUACUGAAGCCACAGACACUGGAUGAGCUGAUCCAGAUCCUGCACCAGAUCUUCUCCAGUGAUAAAGUCAAUAUAGAAGAAGUCCAGAAUAUAGUGGAGUCCUAUCAGAGCAAUCCACUGGAUUGGAUGAAGUAUGCCACGUUUGACCCAUACAGGUACACUCGGAAUCUGGUGGAUGAAGGGAAUGGAAAGUUUAAUUUGAUGAUUCUUUGCUGGGGUGAAGGACAUGGCAGUAUACACGAUCACACCAACUCGCACUGCUUCUUGAAGAUUCUGCAGGGCAACCUGAAGGAGACAAUGUAUGAGUGGCCACAGAAAAAAACAAAUGGAGCAAUGGUGAAAAAAUCUGAAGGGGUGCUCAAGGUGAAUCAGUGUGCAUAUAUUAAUGAUUCCAUUGGCCUUCACCGAGUGGAGAAUCCAAGCCACACAGAGCCAGCAGUGAGCCUCCACUUGUAUAGCCCUCCAUUUGACCACUGUCAUACUUUUGACCAACGAACAGGGCACAAAAACACAGUUAAAAUGACAUUCUGGAGCAAAUAUGGAGAGCGGGCUCCAGUGGUGAGUUGCACAGUCACAGGAAAACAACUAGACUUGCCCAGAAUAUUGUAUUGGGGAAAAAAACUGUGGAGCCCUGGAAAAAUUGUAAUUUACAAAAACUUUCAGCCUUUGGAAUUUGACCAAACUGUACAUACACCCUUAGUAGAAUUUACAAAAUGGCAGUUGUGGAAAGCUUAAUAUAUAUAUUUUAGCCAGUUCUUCCUCAGGGCUUAAACGUUGACUAGAAAAGAAACUAUAUUUUUUAAAACAAAUGAUUUUUACCUUUUUUAAAGGAUCUGUAUAAUUGUGCAUGUCCUUGCCUUAAAAAAAAAAUAGCAAGACAUUUCCUAAAAUGUAAGAUUAGUUUACCACUUUUAAACUGCCCUAAUUUGUAUGUAUAGGUUUUUUUUUAACAAUGUUGUAAGAAAUGUACAUUUUUGAUCUAUGUAUAUUUUUAGAUAAUAAAAAAAAAAACUGGGUGAUGAAUUUGGAAUCUUCAGAA